AUGGCGGAGUCCGUCAGCUCGCUGAACGCGCUGUCGUGUCGCAUGUGUAAGCUCAAGAAGGUCCGCUGCAGCCGCAUCACACCCACCUGCGACCGAUGCAGACUUCAAGGACUUGAGUGCCACUACCCUGAGCGAGUCAAGAGGAGGUCACGAAGGGGGCUUACGGCCCGACUAGCAGCAACCAACAGCCCGUUAUCAACCAUACUCCAGCGGCUGCAGAGGGUUGAAGAACACGUCAUCUCCCUCAACCCCCUACCACCCAGCUCGGAUGGCAGUCCCGAUCCUGCCAGGGCUAAUGGAAGGCGUACGCGGAGUUCGGAUGCGGCUCAUGAGGUCGCUUGCUUCGGUGGCAGCACCACAUCGAGCCCGGCCUCCCACGCAUCUCCAAGCAACUUAAGCGCAGGCACCAACACGCCCCGAACAUCCGGCUCCACAUAUCCCUUGGCGGAUGUUGACAUCACGGCUGUUCUCAUGGACGCCGUCGGUCAAGUUCAACGGCUUAGGCUACAGUACAUUGCAAAGUCGACGCUGACUGCCGGAGUCACUAUCCCAACGCAGUUGGCGAAAGAAUGGAUUCAUAAUUAUUUCACUCAUAUGCGCGCCGAUGCAUUCCUAAGUCUUAUCGAUGCAAAGCUAAUCGAACAAAUUCCCGACAUUAUCGACUCACCUUUUGUCCACCUAGAUGCAGCCAUUCUCGUCGUAUACUACGCUGUUCUCUAUCACGGCUGCUCUCUACCGUCUACCGUGACCAACAAUAUUCAUGAUAUCAAAUAUGCUCGACAAGUCUACCUCUGUUGUUUGCGCUCCCUCCCGAAUUGGCAACGAGAGGCGACAGGAACCACGACCGACUUCAUCGCCGCCAUGCUUACGGCUCGAGUAUCAGCGGAGUGCUUCGACUACGAUCUGAGCUGGCAGUUGUUCAAGAAAGCGUGCGAGUACGCCCAAGGCCUCAACAUGCACAAUCUCGACAGUGGCGAAGGUUUCGCCAACUCCAACGGGUCCAAGGUGGAUUCUGACCGAAGGGGUUUUUGGGAGCUGAUACAGGUCGAACUCUUCUUUCGACUACUGUACAACAAGCCCCCAACGCUCACCGAGAGCAUGAACAGCUGGCGUGUCAAUCUCCCAUACCUCUCACCCGACUCUCAGCCCGACAUGGAAACAGUACCAACCUUGGCGUUUUUAGUCAGUUCGCGAAUCACAUUCGUCCUCACCCGCUUUUUUCAGCUCCUUGAAGAUGAUGCGCCUGGCGGCGACAUGCUCUCGAGAAUUGAACAAUUAGGCGAGGAGGUUGAGACUUUGUUUCAGGAAUGGCAAAUGGACGAGUGGAUUCAAAAGGCUGAAGAUAACGACAUUCACUGGUGGAUGCUCAUCGACGUGGCGCUGACCGGGUAUACGAGCAUCAUCUUCAUGCUCCGAAAGUACAAUAUCCUCGAGACGAGCUCGCCCAGUCCCGUUUCAUCAGACCACGAUGUUCCCCGUUCACCGUUGGCCAUCAGGGCAUCGCGCAGCAUCCUUAACAUCAUCUAUACUCUACUCAUCAAGUUCCCAAACUCGGAGACCAUGUCGCUCAUGGUGGGCUUCUUCCAGGCAUUCAUUCCCUACGCCUGCCUGGCCAGCAAUAUCGUGCACUCGCCAAACCCCAGUGCCUUUGUUUCUGACCUGGAGCUCUUGGGGCGAAUUGCCCAGAAGAUUGGAGAUCUCUCGAAAGAGGAACGUGACUUUACGCCAUUGGUUCGGACGUUGCAGGGUGUGAAUUCGGAGCUGCGGAGGUGGACCGACCAGGACUGCUCAGCCAGUGGGCGUAAGGUGUCGAUGGAGGAGUGUCUUUAG